AUGACAGUGACCAGCGUCCAACACCUCCCGGUGAGUCGCGCCGGCUUCAGCUGCAUCGACCCCGCCGGCGUGGCCCGUCAGCACGGAGACGUGUGGCGGGAGCGGGCCGGUCGGAGCGCCGGCGGCGGCUGCGUGCGCCGCGUCUCAGCCUGCGUGGCCGGCCGACUGCUGCGACCCGUGCCCGCGCGCGUGGAGCGCUGUCCGCGGGCCGUCCCCGACAGUGACAACCACCCCUGCCGCAUGGAGACCUUCUUCAGCUGCUGCCCCGUCUACGACUGUCCCUCGAAGCUGGCGUCGCUGAUUUCUCCGCCGUCGGUGGGCCAGGACCCGCGCGGCCGCGCCGUCAGCAGUUUCUUCACGAAGGUGCUCGAGCCGCAGUUGUUUGAGGCGGAGCCGCUGCAGCUGCCGGUGGCGCAGCCGCAGCUGAACGCCACCGCUAUCCGGCAGCUGCUCGAGUGGCUGUCGUCGCGGUCCGAGCCGCCCUCGCCGGCCGAGCGGGCCGUGCGGACCGAGCUGCGCCACAUCCUGACCGUCCUGGAGACGCUGCUGCAGCUGCUGAUCGGCGAGCUGGACGCCGGCCGGCUGCAGCGGCCGCUGGCGAUCGGGCAGCUGCUGCGCGCCGCCCUGGAGGUGUCGGACUCGGCGCCGGCGGGCCUGACGGUGACCACGGCGGACGCCACCACACUGACCACGGUCCUGGUGCGACUGCAGCUGGACAGCCGGCAGACGCCGCUCGAGGAGCUGCUGCGCUACAUAGCGCUGUAUGGGGGACUGGACACGGAGACGGAGUCUGACUCGGACCCGGAACCGGACAGCAGGACGGUCACGCAGAAAGCGUGCCCCGAGGAGCACGAGGACCUGGUCUGGGCCGAGAUGGAGCGACCCGUCGACGGCCGGUGUGUGCGCCAUGUGCGCGCCUGCCGCAACGGACGGGUAGUGAGCAGCCCCGAGCUACAGCACCGCGAACACGUGUGUGACGCCACCGGCCCCGAGCUGUGCCGCAUGUUCAGCUUCUUCACCUGCUGCCCGGUGUUCGACUGCAAGGAGAAGCUGCGGGAGCUGCGGGAGCAGGACCCUCGGUUCCUGAGUAUCGGCGCCAUGACCCCGGAGCAGUUUGAGCAGCGCGUCGGCCCGGCUGCGCUGGGCUCAGUUUUCUCGCCGGUGCCGAUCGUGGGCCGCUCUCUGCACAUCCAGACCCUGAUCGAUAUGCGCGCACUGCUCGGCAACAACACACAGCAGGAGCGGCAGCUGGGCCGAGAGCUGGACCAGAUCGUCGGCCUGUUCCGCUCGGACGGCCCGGCGCCGGAGCCGGCGGUGACCGACAGUCUGCGCCGGCUGGUGGCCGUCCUGGACGACAUUGGGUUGGAGGUGACGCUGCGCGGCGCCGCCGUCAGGCCGGCCACCGCACUAGACAUGCUGUUCGCCGGCCAGCGGCUGCUGGAGCUGCGGGACGCGCUCGAGUCCGGCGCGCUGCCCGAGUCGGCGGUGCCGGCCGAGCUACCCGGGGCCGUCGCCCGACUGCUGCUGAGCCUCAGCUCAGCGGAGCGCGCCGUGCCGCUGCGGGACGAGCUGCACCACCUGGUGCUGUCGGUGGCCGGCGGGGGCUCGGCGGCCGGACCAGAGCUCACUACUCUGGUCACCGAGCUCGCUCGCCUGCUGGACGCCUGGCUGGACCUGCUGCCGGAGUCGGCGUUCGCGCCGCUGCCGGCGCUGGACCUGCUCGGCUCCGACUCGCUCACCGGUCUGCUGUGGUGGCUGCUGACGGGAGAGGACAGCACCCGGCCCGCGCCGCUGCUCCCGACGACCACCAGCGACUCACCGUACGACGGCCCGCUGCUGGAGGCCCUUCUGCGGCUGAUACGACAGAGCGGCGCGCCGACCGGCCGGCUGCGACCCGCCCUGAUUCGCCUGGUGCGGCAGCUGACGCGGCCGGGCGGCGCCGACUCUCCGCGCACUGUCGAGCUGCUGGUGGAGGUGGUCGACCAGCUGGCCGCCGGUCCGGUCGGUCUGGAGCCGGCGGUCUUGCAGGCAGUGGUGGAUCUCCUGGGAGACCUUGACGGCUACAGACAGCCGGCGGCGGCACCGCACGUUCUCCAGCUGCUGGUGCGGCUCGUCGAGGGUCUGACGCCGCGGCACCGGGUGAUCGGCGAUGAGACGCGCGUUAUGCUGGUGGAACUGCUACGACUGCUUGGCGGCCGACCGGAUACGCUGGCCGACACCGACCUGCAGCUUCUGAUGGCCGCCGUCCGUGAGCUGGGCGAGGUGAGUCGCCGCGACGUGCGGCCCGACAUUCUGACGCACCUGGUGACUCUUCUCGGCCGGGUGGGCGGCUCACUGGCGCCGACCGACUCCGAUACCAUCAGUGUGCUGGUGGAGCUGGUUGGACGGCUCGGGGAGUCGCACCCGGACUCAGAGAACGCGGCACUGCUGCGCCUGCUGCUGCAGAUGUUUGAGACACUGGCGGCGGCGCCGGGCACCACGGCUCCCGAGUCCAUCCAGCUGGUGAUUCAGCUGGUGGAGCACCUCGGCAGGCCGGGCGCGGACACGGACGAUACGGACGUGAUGCAGCUGUUGCUGGAGCUGAUCUCGGGCCUGCAGCGGCCGCCGCCACAGGUGGGCCAGCAGCUGGUGCAGCUGGUGCUGCAGCUGGCGCAGCGGCACGGCCCGGCGGCGCCGCCGCUGCGCCGGCUGCUGCUGGCCGUGUUGCCGCUGCUGACGGAGCAGACGCCGCGCUCGUCUCACGGACUGCUCGAGGUGCUGAUGACAAUUGUGGAGGAUGUCGAGGGCCGGACAUCGCGCGGAGGAGACGGAGAGCUGUACCGGCUGCUGCUGCAGCUGACGAACCAGCUGAACGCCCAGCGGCGCCCGCUGCCGGCCGACGCCCGCAAACUGCUGGUGGAGCUGUUCCUCGGCACACAGACCGGCGGCGCUUCAGAGACGGACAUUAUGAGCCUGGUCUUGGCCAUGCUGGAACUGGUGAACCGGCCCGCUGACACUGCAACCGCCACCGUCGGCUUCAACAUCUCCACUGUGCACGUGGACAGACCGGACCCGGACAUCCGCGACCUCACCGAGCUGAUCGAGCUGCUGUUCUCGCAGGGAAUGCUGGGCGGCCGGUCGGCCAGCGCCGAGGACAUGACCAGCGUGUUCACCGUGCUGCUGGGCGGCGGCGGCAGCGACAGCAGUGACUCGGACGAGCUGCUGCGUCUGCUGGUCAGCCUGCUGGAGACGGAGAUGAGCGCGCCCCGCGGCGGCGGCGGUCUGAACGUCACCGCCAUACUCACCGAGACGGAACAGGAGGAGGACUACACCGAGAUUCUGCAGAUGCUGGAGAUGCUACUGGCUCGCUUCAGCUCCCAUCAGCAGCCGUCAGGCUUCGUCAACAUUACCGGGGUACUGGUCGGCGAGGAACGGAACGACCUCAGAGAAAUACAGGAAAUAAUCGAAAUGUUACUGGCACGCAUGAGUAUGAACAAACCUAGAGAGUCAGGAUACGUUAACAUCACACUGUUUAACGAGCCUCCACCGCAAACCAAUGAGAUCCAGAACCUUCUGGAGAUGCUGCUCCUUGAGAUCGAGUCGAUGGAAAGAAACCGGUCACCGGGAGGGAUCCUCAACAUCUCGACGGUGGUGGUGGAGGAGAACCGCCGUGACUACUCGGAGAUCCAGGGACUGAUCGCGCUGCUGAUGGAACAGCUGACCGCCAGGGCGGCCAGACCCCGAUCGCCAGGCCUUAUCAACAUCUCGGUGGUGCAACAGGAGCAGGACGAGCCCUACAACAUGCGCUACCUGCUGGAGCUGCUGAUGGCGCAGCUGCGCAAGGAGACCACUCACUCGACGCCCGGCUUCCUCAACAUCUCGGGCGUGCUGGUCCAACCGGGCGGCGACGACUUCGGCGACAUCGAGGGCCUGCUGGAGCUGCUGCUGGCGCAACUGAGCGCCAGUCAGACCCCCGACUUCCCCGGCUUCUUCAACAUCUCGGGCAUCCUGGUGAACGGCGAGCACACUGACAUGGAGAGCCUCCGCGCCAUGCUGGAGAUGGUGAUGUCGCGGAUGAGCGUCGGGAACGACCUUCCUUCUGAGGAAGUCUCCGCCUUCCGAGAGCUCAUCAUGCGCUUCUUCAACCGGCCCAGCGGCAAGCAGGACAUCGACGUGCAGGGGAUUAUCAACAUGCUGAUCGACCUCGGCGAGUACGACAGGAGGCCGACGUUCUCUGUCGCCGAGUUCAUCACGCUGCUGGAGUCGCUGGACGUGCCCGCCGACCACCCGACGUACACCGACGACAUCCAGCGGCUCAUAGUCCUUCUGCAGGAGGGUGAUCGGUCGCCGUCGUACCUCUUCGACCUCACUGAGACGGUGGAGCGACUGCUGCGGCUGGUGGAGACGGCCGGCGGCUCGGCGGACGUCUCGCCCGAGAUGUUGAUUCAGUUCAUACUGAGGGAGUCGACUCGGCCUACGGGCGGAGACCCGGACGGCCUGCUGGCGGCGCUGGUGGGACUACUGGAGAGCAGCGCCACACCGCGCCGGCCCGGAUUCACCAUCGACCUGGUGAUAGAGCCUCCAGACAGCCUGCCGACCACCCUGCGUGACCUGGUGGCCGAGCUGCAGGUGGCGGCGCGCCGGCCGCGGCCGCUGCUCCAGUCGCUGCCGGCGCUGCUCGAGCUGCUGACGACGCUCACCACCCCGGAGCACCACGGCGCGAGCGACACGCUGCGGUUCGCCGCCCAGCUGGCCGCUGCCGUCCUGGAGCGGGCUCCCGACGCCGCCGACCGCGUGCUGGUGCCGCAGAUCCUGCUGCAGCUGCGUCAGCUGACCCGCCACCCGCGGCCCGACCGGCUGACCGCUGUCACCGGUCUGCUGCGGCGGCUGCUGCUGCUGGAGGAGCAGCGCCGGCCAGCCCACUCCGGAGGCGAUUUCUCCGUCACCGUCAACAUGGGCGGCGGCAACGACAGCAGCAGCACCGAUGUGAUGGACCUGCUGCGGGGCCUGCUGGACGGCCGGGCGGCCGGCGGCGGCGGCUCCUCGCUGCCGGAGCUGACACAGACGCUGCUGGAUGUGCUGCUGCGCGCCAAGCAGGGCGACGGCGCGGCGCAGCUGGACGAGCUGCUGCCGCAGCUGGUGGCCGUGCUGCGGCUGGUGGUGCAGCCGCCGACCGACGCCGACCGUCUGCCCGACGACACCAUCAUCUACGUGACCGAGCUGGCGCGCGCCGUGCUGGAGCAGUUCGAGCCGCGCGCCGACCCGCUGCUGCCGCACGUGCUGCUGCUGCUGCGCCGGCUCGGGCCGCGGCCGCAGCCGGAGGCGCUGCGCGGCGUGCUGGUGGUGCUGGAGCAGCUGCUGGCGCGGCAGCAGGUCGGCGUGACGGUACCGGACGACCUGCUGGAGCUGCUGGCGCGGCUGGAGGAGGUCUCGGAGCGCGGCCGGCCGACCGACUACCUGCCGCUGGUGGUGACUCUGCUGCGGCGCGCCGACCGCUCCGACCCGGCGCUGACCACCUACCUGGCCGAGCUGGUGCGCGUCCUGCUGAGGCGCGACCACCACCACUUGGACCCGCAGGUGACGCCGCUCAUCCUGACGUUCAUCAGCGGCGGCGAGGACACCCCGACCGACAUCAGCCAGCUGCUCUCUGUGCUGGAGAUGGUGGUGACCACUGAGACGGGCGGGUCGAACGAGAUCGGUCUGGGCGGCUCGCUCAGUGACCUGUUCGGCCUGCUGACGACCGGCGGACGCAGCUCCGACACCACUAUCGACUUCUCCUCGUGGCUAAUGGAUCUGAUGGGCUCUGAUCAGCCGCAGAACGGGUCGGCAGUCAGUCAGAGCUUGCUCUCGCACCUGGUGCGUCUGCUGCGGCGGCCCGGCGUCCGGUUCGUGUCCAAGGAGGAGGCGGGGCGCCUGCUGCUGCUGCUCACCGGCCGGCUGAACGAGCCGAGGGCGGUCUCCGUGUCGACGCUCGACUCGGUGCUCUCCCUGCUGGACCCGGCUCACACUCUGCGGCCCACCGACUCGGCGGCCGGUCUGUUCCGCACCCUGCGGCGGCGCGUCUGGGGCCCGCUGGGCCGGCCCGGCUACACCGACCCGGCCGCUAUCUACCGGGACCUGCUGGGCGCGCUGACGGGCCGCACGGCCGACCUGUUCGCCUCUGAGCCGGCGCUGCGCCAGGCGCUGCUGCUGCUGCUGGCCGGCCCCAGCAGCGCCCAGCCGACGGAGGAGACUGCCGAGGCAGCGCAGCUGCUGCUCACGCUGCUGGCGGAGCCGUCCGGCGGCCCCGAGCUGGUGCCGCUCUCUGUGCUGAGGGUGCUGACCUCGCUGCUGGAGGCGGCCGCGGCCGGCAGUCGGACGGACGAUGUACCGGAGUCGGUGCUGCGUCAGCUGGUCCUGCUGCUGACCGAGCCCGACCGGCGCGGCCUGCCGGAGGCCGCUGACGAGCUGGUGCAGCUGCUGGUAACCGCCGUCACCGGCUCGGCCGACCCGGACCGGCACGGCGCGCGCCAGGUGGCCUUCCGACUGCUGCUGCGGGUGCUGGGAGAUAGCGACACCCACCGUAUGAUCCCGAUCCCGGAGGACUCUCUGCGGGUGCUGCUGACACUGCCGGACGGACGCAACGCCGGCACCGACACGGACAUUGACAGUACUCUGUCCGUGCUCACCAGCCUGCUCUCGGACUCGAGCCAUGGCGUCUCCGGUCUGUCAGACGUCAUGGAAACGCUGUUCGGCAGCCACGGUGACCAUACUGAUGACGACGGCGGUCAGCACGGCGGCUUGUACCGUCUGCUGACCUCGCUGAUGACCGGCGGCUCCGAGCCGUCGGACCGGCCGCGCCCGCUGUACCAGUGGCUGCUCUCUCAGCUGGGAGAGGACGACUUUGACCCGGACCGGGUGCCGGCCGAGGUGUACGCCGAGCUGACCGAGCUGCUGUCGGCCGACCGGUUCGACGCGGCGGCGGCGGCCGGCCAGACGCGCCGGCUGCUGGCCGCGCUCGGCGGCGACCAGCUGCCGGCCGAGCGGCUCUUCCACCGUCUGCUGCUGCUGCUGGCGCGCCGCGGCGGGCUGCCGGCCGGCGCCGUCUCGCCGCCGGGCCGCCUGCUGCGCCGCUGCCGCCUGCUCUGUGACGCGGCCGGCGGCGGGCCCCUGUCGGCUGGAGGCGCAGAUAUCCAGCUGCUGCCCGGGCGCACACCCAUCGCCUUCAUCGGCGAGAACCACGUGAUCGUACUGAACGGCUAGGAAGGCACGGUGCGGACCAGACCUGCCAUCACAGACCGGACCACGCCCGUCGGACCCGCCCAUGGACUCACGGUUUUAGAAGUAGCUUAGUUAUUCAUCAUAGAUUAUCCCGUUAACACCGCAUAGCUGGACCAUCGAAUGCAUGUCUCCUCACGGAUUGCACAAUAGUACGUCAUGCCUGGCCCUUAUGAGUGGUCCCACACCACGACAGUUGGUCUGUCCGUACGCUUGUGGGUGACAGUGUAUCAGGGAAAGCUUGAGAGCGCGGGAAAUGUUAUUGCUUCAUAUGCUUUCGCCGACGAUUCGGAAUGGCAUGCUUGGGGUUCUUGUUUUUUUCGGUGCGAUCUACCUGCAUUGUUAUAUUUGAUAAUAAAGGAGACUCAUGCGAACAA